AUGCUCAAAUUAAGACAGUCUUUAAAAUCAAUUCACUCUCAAAGAAGAACUCUAAUCACUUAUUCCAAACAGAAUCAACUUUAUAUCCAUCCAAAGUCAAAUAACAAGAAUUUGGUUUCAUUUUCUAAAAAUCCAGAAUCUUUAGCAAUUGGUGAAUUCUAUUCUUCAAACCCUGAAAAUGAAGAAAUUACAACAAAGAAUUUCAUAUCAGAGAAUAAAGAAUUCUUGAAUAAACUUCAUGAAUUAAUCAAGAAACACAUUGCAGAUGAUUUCACAUAUGCUGUUGAAUCGGCAAGUUAUGCUGAUCAACAUAUGCCAGUAUAUGACCUUAGAGUAACUCCUAACUAUCAAAGACAACCUGAUGUGGAAAAUACUUUUGGAUUUGUUAGAAUCGGCUCUGAUGGUACAAUUUUAAAUGAUAGUUAUCAAGUGAAUGAUUUGUAUAAAUUGGUUACUUCUGAUGGUCCGAUUAAAGUGAGUGAUUAUCUUCAUGAAAAAUUGGUUGAAGAGUUGGAUUAA